GGGCCAUGAAAACCAACGGUCAAACAAGUGAAUUCCUUUGCGAUCAUACCUAACUUCAAUUGUCUCGACACUCUUGAUACUCGCAAACAAGGACGAAGUACUUAUUUAUUAAUGCCUCUGAAAUACGAAACGAGGUCAAUUGGUAAACUCGUUCAACGACACGAAAACACCCAAAACCAUCGCAAUGACCUUCCGAUACCAACUUCCAUUUGCGCUCGACCUUCUAAUGUCGUGACCUUUUUAAAUUAAUACAUGAACUACACAAAGGUGAAGUUCUACCACGCAUGAUAUUCCAAAACGCAAAUACAAAGUUGUCCGACAUAGAGCGAUUGUGUUUUCCGCGAAUACGUCGCCAUAGCAACCGAUUCAAAACAGGCCUGUCAUUCAGUAGCCAAAUUUCCCUGACUGUCCGGUUGAAAGAACAUUGACAUACUUUCGAUAUUAGAAAAAUUAUGAUAAUUUACACAUCAAUUACAGUGAUUUAGUUGUAUUAAGAACAGUCGGACUUAUGUUGGGUCGAGUUUUGAGACGGAAUAUGGAUUUCGGGUUCGGCGACUUCCUAUUUCCGAAUGUCACUGGCUUGCGACAGUUCUUUGAAAGGGAUCCUCAUAUAGGUCCAUCAUCAAGCUUCCAUCAGAUGGCACGGAUGAUGGACCGUAUGAUGACGGAGAGUUUGCAGCCGUUCGGAUUCGCUCGGGUGACGGCGCGCCGCUCUAAUAGCGACAAGGGACAGGAGCCACCGCGAGAUGGUCUACGCAGCGAAAAAGGAGCUAUGAAGAAAGAUAGGAAUAGACCAGACACGCAUGCUAGCAAUGGCACCCGACAUCCACCCACACAAGUCGUCAGGCCGACUCAAGCGACUUCAUUCCAAGAAUCGCCAUUAGACCAAGUGAAGCAGGCGGACCCUACGACUGAGAAGUGGGCGGGAACCCUUCGCAGACGAGACCCUGAGAUUCAGCCGACAUUGCCCUCUAUCGUCUCUCGGAAGACGUCCACCGCUUCCGCAGUAAGCAGCGGAAGGAAAUGUCGAUCAGUGGAAAGAAUUCCAAGAGUAAAGAGGCAACUGGCUCCAAUCAAACCGAUUCGAAAGACCGAUGGCACAACGGAUGGCGAUGUCACGAUCUUGGAGAGAGACGAAAAAGUAUUUGACACGAGCGGCUACGAAUUGCAUCUAGUGGAGACUUUAGAAAAAGAUAUACUUCAGAAGAACCCAGAUGUACGCUGGAGGGAUGUUAUUGGAUUGGACGAUGCGAAGGCGGUACUGCAAGAAGCAAUGGUACUGCCUCUUGUAAUGCCCGAUUAUUUUAAGGGUAUCCGUCGUCCGUGGAAGGGCGUGCUACUGACGGGCCCGCCGGGCACGGGGAAGACGCUGCUGGCGCGCGCCGUGGCCACUGAGUGCCGCACCACAUUCUUCAACGUAUCCUCCGCUACACUCACCUCCAAGUACCGCGGUGACUCUGAGAAGCUUGUGCGACUGCUCUUUGAUAUGGCGUCGUUUUACGCGCCGAGCACCAUCUUCAUCGACGAAGUGGACUCACUGUGUGCGGUGCGUGGCGCCGACUCCGAGCAUGAAGCAUCUCGCCGAUUCAAAGCUGAGCUGCUCAUACAGAUGGACGGACUCGCCGCUAUAUUCAACCAAGAUAAAGUGGUGAUGGUGCUGGCAGCAACCAACCACCCCUGGGACAUCGACGAGGCCUUUAGGAGACGCUUUGAGAAGAGAAUAUACGUUGGCCUUCCGGAUGAAAUAACAAGAACGAAACUCCUCAAGCUUUGCCUCCGCGAGGUGUCGCUCACAGAGGACGUGGACUUCCAGGAACUGUCGGAAAAACUCGAUGGCUACAGCGGCUCCGACAUCUGUAACAUAUGCCGAGACGCAGCCAUGAUGACAAUGCGCCGAAAAAUUGCGGGAAAAAGCCCCGAUCAAAUACGUCGGUUGAAGCAAUCCGAACUUGAGGCGCCCGUGUCCAAGGACGAUCUGAACGCCGCCAUAGGGAAGACGCGGCGCACCGUCAGCUCGACAGAUGUCGCGCGCUACGUCGCUUGGAUCCAGCGUCACGGCUGCUCUUAGCGUCGAAGUAAAGCGCUUCGAGCGCUGCUCAGGAGACUGAGAAAUUGCUAGAGCUCUCGAUGAGCUAGCAAGCGCUUUAAGUCGCUAGAGAUGCUGAACUAUAUGGACUUGUCAUUUUGCUUGAAAUUUUAUAUUAACCUCAAGUUUAUGGUGAAGAAAUAUGAUUCAAAGUGAUUAUUUAUUGGGACUUAUUAUGAAAAUUAAUACUGAUUAUUGAAGUGAGAUGUGUUUAAU